CUUUGUUAUGGUGCCUGGUGGAGUUUGGCGAUUGUCGGCGUCGGCUUCUUUUCUUUUUUAGAAGCGGCGACUUAUGUUUUCAAUAUUUUGCAUUAAGUUUUCAUUAUUUCAUUCUUUUCAAUUAUUUCUGAAAUUUUGAAUCAUUUGAUUACACUUUGUAGAUGGUUUACGCUCGCUCUCACAUUCGUUGUCGAAAGUUAGUUCACUAUUCAUCACCGGCGUUGAAACGUCGAUUAUUCGUAUUCGGUUGUGGAUUGAAGUUGUUUACAAAUUUGUGCGUUCUUAUCUAGGUCUACGCAGAUUAGUAAUAAUAAAAAUAAUAAAAAUAAUAAUAAUAAUAAUAAUAGUAAUAGCAUAAGCUUCUUCUCGUUGAGCGGUCAGUUGUUCAUCACUUCAAAUCAAGGCUGAAAUAUGUUGUCGUUAGGACCUAAGAAGGAUGGCGGUCCUAAUGUCAAAUUUUUCGAGUCACCCGAAACCAUGGCACUAUUGGAAGGCGUUCGAACGUGGCUUUUGAAAAAUUGUAAAAAGCAUGUACAAGCGGAUCCGCCUACCAGCAAAGGUUUGUCGACGUUAAUCACGCAACUGAUACAGUUUCAAGAAGAUAAUUUGGGAAAGAAUGUCAGUAAACCACCGCCGUUGACGAGACUACCGAUGAAAUGUUUUAUAGAUUUCAAACCCGGUGGCGCUCUAUGUCAUAUUUUAGCGAGCGUGUAUAAAUUUAAAAGCGAACAAGGUUGGAGGAGAUUCGAUUUUCAGGUCAGUAAGAGUCCCUCUAGAAUGGACAGAAACAUCGAAAUGUUCAUGAACGUGGAAAAAGCCUUGAUACAAAAUAAAUGUUUGGUUAUGCCGCAAGUCUUCAUUCGUGCCGAUGUGGAAAAAAGUACCAAAGACAAAGUGAAAGAUAUUAUAAAACGUCAUCAAGGAUCUAUAACCGAUACCGAAGACGAAGCUACGCAUAUAAUAUACCCUGUGGUCGACCCAUCGGACGAGGAAUACGCCAGAGCGGUGUUUCGAAAUAAGGAAAGAUGGACUUUGUUGCAUUGGUACUACUUUCCAGAUUCGCACGACUCUUGGGUAAACACCGAAAUACCAGUCGAUCCUCCGGAAUUACCGCCGUCUUAUAACGCCAACUCCAAAUGGAAGGUUUCGGCUUCGUGGGCGUUGGAUUUAGAGCAGUACAACGAGUGGAUGUCGGAAGAAGAUUACGAGGUGGACGAUAGUGGUAGAAAGAAGGUGCAUAAGUUCCGUUUAUCGGUGGACGAUCUGAUGGCGGCCAUGGAUCCUGAACGAACGAAGAAAAAACAGAAACGCAAAAGAUCGCCUUCUCCGGAUUUACGUAAACAGUUGAAGCGAAAAAGCACGCGUGGACCAUCCACUCCGUCCACUCCGUCUAUGAAUAUUAAAAAAAUGAAAAACGACGACGACAGCGGCACGGACGAUCUAACUAAAGAUAUGGAAGAACCUAUUCCCGAACCUAACGUUCAAGAGAUCAACAUUACGAAACUUGCGCAUUCGACGACGAGCGCGUCGUCGUCUAAAAAAGACAGCGAUACGCAGCCGCUGAAAAGCGCCACCCUGACAGACUUGGACGAAGAAGCGGAUAAAGGUGAAGACAGUCAAGCAGCCAAAUUUCCCGUUGACCCGAAUAAUCAGGACGCGUCUGUCAAGGAUGAAGGCCAGGAGGACAACGUCACCGAACAAACUCACCACAUUAUUAUACCUAGCUACGCGGCCUGGUUCGAUUAUAAUUCCAUUCAUAUGAUCGAAAAACGGGCGUUGCCUGAAUUUUUCAACGGUAAAAAUAAAUCAAAGACGCCGGAAAUUUAUUUGGCGUAUCGUAACUUCAUGAUAGACACGUAUCGUUUGAAUCCGACCGAAUAUUUGACGAGCACCGCGUCCAGGCGAAAUUUGGCGGGAGACGUAUGCGCCAUUAUGAGAGUACACGCUUUCUUGGAGCAGUGGGGUUUAAUCAAUUAUCAGGUGGAUGCGGAUAGUCGACCGACGCCGAUGGGCCCUCCUCCUACGUCGCAUUUCCACGUGCUGUCCGAUACUCCGUCCGGCCUGCAACCCAUCAAUCCACCCAAAACGCCUCAACCCUCCGCCGCCAAAACCCUGCUCGAUUUGGAGAAACGUAACGAUUCGCUGACCGCAGUCAAGAAAACUGAACCUCUAGACAGCAAUGCAAACUUCGGAUUGAGAUUAGAUCAGUACGGCAAACGCGCUGGUCUAUUGAAAAAUAAAACUGCCGCCGGCUUGACCAGAGAUUGGUCGGAACAAGAAACGUUGCUGCUGUUGGAAGCGUUAGAAUUGUACAAAGACGACUGGAAUAAAGUAUGCGAACACGUCGGUACCCGCACGCAAGACGAAUGUAUUCUGCACUUUUUAAGACUACCCAUCGAGGAUCCGUACUUGGAAGAUUUUGAAACUGGAGGAGCUCUCGGCCCGCUCGCCUAUCAGCCUAUUCCAUUUAGCAAAGCGGGUAAUCCCAUCAUGUCGACGGUUGCGUUUCUCGCAUCUGUCGUCGAUCCUAGAAUCGCGUCGACCGCUGCCAAAGCUGCCAUGGAAGCGUUUGCCGAAAUUAAAGAUGAAGUUCCGGCUUCGUUGAUGGAUUCGCAUAUAAGAAACGUCGAAGCUUCCAUCGUCGAUGGCAAAUUCGAUCCAACCGCCGGUUUACUGCAGAGCGGUAUUGCCGGCACCGAAAAAGAAGACGACGGCUCGCCCGGCGGCGUUGAUAAAUCGAAAAAAGAACUCGGCUCGACUACCGAAACGGCGACCAAAGAGAGUGGUGGCGGCGGCGGCACUGGCACCGCUUCACCCGAGUCGGAGAAAUCGGCCGCGGAAUCGGCGAGCGUCGCUACCGAAGUCAAAGACGCGUCUGCGGAGAAGCCGAUCGCAAACGACGACGAUUCAUCGUCCGCCUCUGGCGCAGACGCGCCCAAAAAGGAAACGACGUCCGAACGCGCAGCCGACGAAGCUACCGAUUCCAAAGAAGACAACGAACGUAGCAAAUUAAUCAAAGACGCGCAACUGCAGUCGGCUGCGGCUGCCGCGCUAGCUGCGGCCGCUGUGAAAGCCAAACAUUUGGCGGCCGUCGAAGAGCGUAAAAUCAAGUCGCUAGUCGCCUUGCUCGUCGAAACCCAAAUGAAGAAAUUAGAAAUCAAGUUACGUCACUUUGAAGAAUUAGAAACCACCAUGGAAAAAGAACGCGAAGGAUUGGAGUAUCAGCGUCAGCAGCUAAUUACCGAACGUCAGCAAUUCCAUUUAGAACAAAUUAAAGCGGCAGAAUUUCGCGCUCGUCAGCAAGCGCAGCAACGUAAUGCUGCCGAACAACAACAACAACAGCAGCAGCAACAGCAACAACAACAACAACAACAGCAGCAGCAGCAGCAACAACAACAACAACAACAGCAGCAGCAGUCGUAGACUAUUACGGAUGAAUUUUGAUUUCGUUCUCGCGUAAUUUCUUUCGUUUUCGUUUUUGUUUCUAUCGCUUCGGGUGCGCUAUUUUUUUUUUUUUUAAAUUGUCGAUUUCGACACGCGCCCUUGUACAAAUGAUUACUAAGCUGUAGAAUUUUUCAAAUACCAAAAACAGCCAAUCAUCGUCGUAAGAAUUGUAUCGUUUGUACGCGCGGGCACAUCGAAUUUGAGACGUACGUGCUUGCUGUUGGAUUAGAUGAUUGUUUUUUGUUUUUUACUUUUUUUAAAUUAUAUUUAUCGCGUAUGUAAGUACUAAGUAUUUCGUAAUUUGUCGUAGUGUUGGGCAAACGAUACGAUAUUUUUGAAAUAUCGCAGAUGUCGAUAUUUCGAAAAAUAUAGACCAUACGGCGAAAGAGUAUUUUCGGUAUUGAAAAUUCAUCGGAAUUUCAUGAAAAAUGCGAGAAAAGAAGCAAAAUUUCAUCAAUUUCUAGUCCGAAAUAUCUCGAAAUAGGCGCAACCGAAAAUUGUUUUCAAUAAUUCUACGCUGCGCGUGUUAUGCGUAAGUAUUCGUACUUUACGUAUUUUUGAUUUCCUUUAUUCAAACAUCGAAUUUAGUGACGAAGAAAGGUCAUAGACGUGCGUUUUGCUGCAUUUUUAAUCUCAAAAAAUUGGUCUAGAAAAUAUCGAUAUCGAAUUUUUGAGAAAAUUGCCCAGCACUGAUUUGUCGAGUUGGCUUUUGAAGCGUCGAAUUGGUUUUCGUUGGUUUAAUAUGUACGUAUGUAUAUUGUAUAUAUAUGUAUUUAUAUAUUUAUUUAUUUUUAAGCGCGCAUCGCGCAUAUUAUUCGAGUACGAGUACGAAUACGAGUAACCGCGUAAUCGUGUAAUAUCAAUUCGACCGUUGGUAGUUAGCAUUCGCUUUUUUAUUAAAAUACGAGUACGAAGAAAAUACCAUGUACCCAUCGAGUCGAUGAGAUGCGUUGAAAUGUUCGCCUUGUCGCCACAAGUUGCUGAAGGUGACAGUAAAAUUAAGCUAGUAUAUGUAGUACCUUACCUUGUAUUCAUUUAUAUUUGUAUAAUGGCGUUCGUGUUUCUUCGGACAAAGACGUGCCGAACGUAAUAAAAUUGUGCAAGUA